CGGCCACAUCGUCCCAAUGACAAAGGCUGGGAAACGGUUCUGCGUGGUUUACACUCUUGUUGGUGUCCCUGUAACCUGCAUCCUUCUAACCAACUACGCGGAUAUGCUUUGCAACUGCAUAUUUCAGCUCUAUACCACCGCCAAGAAACGUCACCAACGGCACCAGAAGGCACUGCUGCAUGGCAUCAUUUUGAUGGUCAUAUGCGUGGGCUUGACCUUGCUGACGUUGCUGCCGUCGGUGGUACUCUCCAAGCUGGAGGACUGGAGUUACGAGGACGCUCUCUACUUCACCUUCAACACCAUCACAACCAUCGGUUUCGGGGAUUUGAUUGCUGGGGAUAAUACUGAUGUACCAUAUCGGGACCUCUACAAAAUGGGAAUUGUUGUGUGGAUUAUGCUGGUUCUCAUCUACUGGUUCUUACUACAUAGCUUCCUUAAGAAGGCCUUGAAAAACGUAGCUGUUCACAAAAUCAAGAAAACAAAAAAUAUGUCCACUAGAGUUGCAAUGCAAUCAGCGUUCUUCACGGAGCUGGUUGGUAAGGUAAGUUUCGUCAUAACAAUGUUCAUGAAAAAGUUUUAAAUCAGUGUUCAUUUGAUUUUUUUCCUGCCAUUAGCAUUUAGUCGGAUGCAGCUAGAAACUGUGCACAAACUCUUGUGGAAGUAAUGACAGUGAAAAGCUCCAAAUUAUUGUGGAAAUUAAUAAAUAUUCAGAUCAAAUCUGUUAAUCACGUAUGCAAGUUUAAUGGAGAUUUGACGCUUGGAACUAUUUUAUUAUGUAAGGAAAUCAUACAAGCUAAUCUUAAUUUCUACCUCUCCCAUAUCUGCUUCAUCUGAGUUUAUUUCUAUGAUUGAACUGUGGCCUGAAUAUGGCGUUGUAAAAUAUUAAACCACAUACUUGGUGGAAAGUUUUGUUAAGUACUUUAAUAUCAAUAUUAGCCAAAAGCACUUCCAUGCUUUCAAUAAUUUGCAUAUUUGUUCAGUAUAAAUGUGCUUUUGAAAAAAAUAAUGUACAUGGUCCUGUGUUAAAACAGACGCCUUUAUAUUUUAUCUCUGAUCUCUAUGUAUAAUAUGCUAUUAUCCCAAUUCUUGUAACUAUCUUU